AUGAAUUCCAUUCAUGGUUGGUGGAUAUAUCUUUUAUUGAUCUUAUAUGCAAGUUGUGCUGAAUCUUCAAGGCCUUUAACACCAUAUCAAAGAAGUUUUACACCAGUAAAAAAUAUUAGUUGUGCACAAUGUGAAAUGAAAAUAGAAGCUGAUGGCAAGAAAAGUUUUGUUGAAACUGAUAUGUAUCGACGUCGAUGUGCUGAUGAGCCGGAAUUAUUUUUUAAACCAUGUCCAAUGAAUGAUAAGAAUAAACCACGUGGAUGUGGAAAACUUACUACUUAUGUAAAAGAACCAGUUUCGAAAGGUCGUACAAGAGACAGUGAUUUCUACACUGGUCUUGGUCAAACUUGUGUAGAAGUUGGUUGUAGUGUAGAUCUCUUCCUUUUCCCCAAUUCAUAUAUUGAUAUCGCUUCGCUGGCUGAAGUGCCAAGAUUGACUUCUGGGAAUUUAUACAAGUAUAAUUGUUUCCAGGCUGAUCUACAAGGUGAUCAGUUCAUAGCAGAUUUACAACGUACAUUGAGAAAUCUUCGUGCAUUCAAUGCUGUAAUGCGUGUACGUACUAGUACAGGUAUUCGACCUGUAGAAUUCUUUGGUAAUUGUUAUCUACCGAAUACAACUGAUGUGGAAAUGGCUGGUGUCACUUCUGAUAUGGCUAUCACUGUUGAACUACGUCAUGAUGAUAAACUACAAGAAGGUGAACUCGUUUUCAUUCAGGUUGCCUGUCUAUACACCUCAGUGUCUGGACAACGUCGUCUACGCAUACAUAAUCUAUCGAUACCAGCGACAAAUGUCAUCACUGAAAUAUUCCGUUUGGUUGAAUUAGAUGCACACAUGAAUUAUCUGAGUAAAUAUUCUAUGCGCGCAUUAUUAAGUCGUCCGCACACUCAAGUGAUGGAUGAGUUAACGACAAAAGCGGCUAACACACUAGCAGCAUAUCGUCGUAAUUGUGCAUCUGGAAGCGGUGGUGAUAUGGCCUCCAGUCCAGGUGAAUUAGUUCUACCACAGAAUAUGAAAUUAUUCCCCUUGUAUAUACAAUGUCUUAUGAAAACUGAAGCUUUCAGUCCAGCUGAUGGCAUUACAAUCGAUGAUCGUUGUUGGCAAAUGUUUUUAGUCAAUCAAAUGGAUGUGAAACAAUCAAACUGUUAUCUUUAUCCUCAUUUAUAUCCUUUGCAUGAUCUUUCAAAGAAUUUCGAAGGUGAUAUACCUUUCCCCCCGCUAGCUAUACGUUGUUCAUACGAUCGUCUGAAAAUGGAUGGUGUCUAUCUCCUGGAUAAUGGCAUCUAUCUUAUCAUGUGGAUUGGUCCAAAUGUUUCAACCGAUUGGAUACAUUCAGUGUUAAAUGUACCGAAUCCAAAACAUUUUGAAAGUGAAAAGAUUUAUGAUUUGAAUGCAUAUGAUAAUGAAACGUCAAGUAAUGUAUGGUAUGUAGUAUGGACUAUUCGUAAGACCCAUUUACAUUAUUCUCGGUUAUUAGUUGUACGUCCUGGAGAUAAAAGUGAAUUAUGGUUUCGUCGUUUUAUGGUCGAGGAUCGUUGUAGCAGUAAUUCAAUCUCUUAUACAGAAUAUUUAUGUCAUAUACAUAAAGAAGUUUCUGGUCUGUUACGUUGA